AUGCAAAGAUUGCAAAUAAAUGUACUAGGACUAUCUGAAGUCAGAUGGACGGGUGCUGGAUCUUUCACAUCAGAUAAUUUUACUCUAUUCUAUUCUGGAGGAGAUCAACAUGAGAGAGGAGUAGGCAUACUUCUUGACAAAGAAACUUCUAAAUGUGUAAAAGGCUUUUGGGCUGCCUCAGAUCGAGUUAUUCUAAUAAAACUCCACGGCAAACCUUUUAACAUCUCAUUGAUUCAAUGUUACGCACCCACAGCUGACUCUGAUGAUGAUGCAAUUACGAAUUUUUAUGAAGAUCUAGACAAUGCCUACUCACAAUGCAAUUCAAAUGAUAUCAUCUAUGUAAUGGGUGAUUUCAAUGCAAAGGUGGGGGACAUAAGAAUUGGUAAUACAGUAGGACCUUUCGGAUUAGGCAAUAAAAACGAUAGAGGAGAUAUUUUAAUAAAUUGGUGCCAAUCACACAAUUUUGUUAUAACAAAUACAUGGUUCAAAAACCAUCCACGUAGGUUAUGGACAUGGAAAGGUCCAGGAGAUCGAGUCAGAAACCAAAUAGACUACAUUAUGGUCCCGAAUCGUUUCAGAAAUGCGAUCAUAUCCUCCAAAGCAUUUCCUGGGGCAGAUUGUGGUAGUGAUCAUGUCCCAGUUAUCAGUGAAAUAAGAGUCAAAUUAAAAAGACUAAAGAAAUCAAAACAAAUUCCUAAACUUCAAAUUCAGCUCCUCAAAAAUAAUAAUGAUGUAAAAGAAAAAUUCUGUAUAGAGGUACAGAAUCGUUUUGAAGCACUGGAUGAUAUAACAGAGGUUGAAGUAUUGUGGGAGAAAAUGAAAUCUUCUAUACUAGAAGCUACUGAAGCAGUACUUCCAAAAAUCAAAAUGAAUAAGAAAAAGAGAUGGAUGACUGAGGAUAUACUACAACUGAUGGAACAAAGACGACUCAAGAAGUCAAAUCCACUCGAAUAUAAACUUUUAGACAAAGAAAUCAAAAAGAAAUGCUCAGAAGCAAAAGAAACACGGUUGAACGAGCAGUGCUCAGAAAUCGAGAAUAAACUGAGUAUAAACACCAAAUAUGCUCAUAUGAAAAUAGAUGAAAUCACAGGAAAAUCAAGAUGCACUAGCUCUGGUUGUAUCAAAUCAAAAAGUGGGACCAUCCUUAUGGAAAAACAUGAUAUACUGAAUAGAUGGUCAGAAUACAUUGAAGAACUUUUUGAUGAUAAUAGAGCUGCUAAACCUAUAAUAAAGAAAAAUAUUGAAGGACCAACAAUAAUGAAAGAUGAAGUAAGAAAAGCUAUAAAAUCAAUGAAAACAAAUAAAGCAACAGGUCCUGACGGAAUAUCCGUUGAAAUGAUUCAAUGUCUCGAUGAAAUAGGUGUUGAUAUGAUGACUAAAUUAAUAAACCAAAUAUAUGACACCGGCAAUAUCCCAGAAGAUUUAACUAAAUCAAUAUUUAUAGCUCUUCCAAAGAAGUCUGGAGCUACAGAAUGUGAACUUCAUCGCACAAUCAGUCUCAUGAGUCAUGUAACAAAAAUUCUACUCAAGAUUCUAAUGAUGAGGAUGAAAAAUAAGAUCACACCAGAAAUAGCUAAAGUACAAUACGGAUUCAUGCCUGAUAAGGGCACUAGAAAUGCCAUCUUCAUCCUCAGAAUGAUAAUCGAAAGAUCAAUAGAAGUCAAGCAUGACAUAUAUCUCUGUUUUCUUGAUUACACAAAAGCGUUUGACAAAGUCAAACAUGAGAAUAUGUUCGAAAUCCUAGAAAAGCUUGACAUUGAUAGUAAAGAUCUUUGA